ACACAGACCAGUUAUGUGGUCUGUGAGUAUAUUAUCAAUGUUAUAAUAUUUUUUGUGAUAAUUGGAUAUUAUAUAAACCGAUCAAAGUCAUUUAUGAGUAAAAUAUGUCACGAAAUCUGUAAGAAAUUUUAAUUGGUAUUUUAAAUUAAGUUAUCUAUCGGAAGAUGCCUAGAAAUUAUAGCAGAAAAAGAACUGAUCAUUUGGGUAAUUCAAAUAGGUUACAAAGUACAUCAAAUCUGUCUCCUAAUGCACCAGAAUUUGUUCCUUCAGUUGAAAGUCAUGAUAUACCUGAUAUUCAAGUACAAGAUGAACCAAUCAUAUCGAUGACUUUUUAUGGAAACUCUUUGAGUAACUUUAGUAAUGAAAACGGUACAAAGAGUUCUGAAGAUAAAACAGUUACUACUGAAUUAACUACCUCUAAUACUUCUAACUUAUCGCAAAGAGAUGUUUUAAUUGACCUUUUAAAUAGUGGUCAAGCAGACUGUGUGGUUUGUUAUGAACAAACAGCAAAUGACGAACCAAUAUGGAGUUGUCAAAAUUGUUAUCAAAUUUUUCACUUAAAAUGUAUUAUGGUUUGGUUUUUGAAAUCAUAUAAUGGAACUAAUUGGAGGUGUCCAGCUUGUCAAAAUGAAGUUAAAGGAAAACCAGUUUAUAUGUGUUUUUGUGGCAGCUAUCCAAAUCCCUUUUCUAAUAAUGUAGAUAUACCACAUUCAUGUGGUCAAGUCUGUGGAAAGCAAAAAAAAAAUUCUAAUGAAACAUAUAGUUGUCAUCAUAAAUGUACUCUGUUAUGUCAUCCAGGGCCGUGUCCUACUUGUGUAGUCCAAAUACAAAGAAAUUGUGGCUGUGGAAAGACUAAAGUAUAUGUCCAAUGUGGGAAAUCUUCUCCAUUGUCAUGUCAAAAUACUUGCUCAAAACAAUUACAUUGCAAAAAUCAUGUUUGUGAAAAAAUAUGCCAUGCUGGAGACUGUGAUCCAUGUAAUAAAAACUGUCUUCAAGUGUGUUAUUGUGGCUCUUCACAAAGACAAGUGCCAUGUACUAGAGAAAAUGCAAUGGUUGUUUAUUACAGUUGCAGUAAACCAUGUAAUAAAAAACUUUCAUGUAAUAAUCAUGUUUGUCAACAACUGUGUCAUAUGGGGCAAUGUGAACCGUGUGCUAAACUAAUUGCUGACAGAUGUCCUUGUGGUAAGAGAUUACUCUCCAAGGAUGAGCUUGAUAAUCGAAAAUCUUGUACAUUGCCAAUCCCAACGUGCAAUGAGCUUUGUGAAAAACCACUAGGUUGUGGUCAACCAGAAUCACCUCAUUUGUGUAAACAAAAAUGUCAUGAAGGUCCAUGUUCUAAAUGUAACCUAAAAACUAGAUAUAUAUGCCGCUGUGGAAAUAGAUCAAAAGAAAUAAAAUGUGCAACUGUUACUUGUGAACUUACUUGUAAAAAGAAAUGUAAUAAGAUAUUGUCUUGUGGUAAACAUAGGUGUACUAUUCUUUGUUGCAAUGCACAAGAUCAUAUUUGUGAUAGAAUUUGUAACGGAUUGUUGAAUUGUCGUCAACACCGAUGUGAUAGAAUGUGCCAUACAGGUAGCUGUAAUACCUGUUACAUUUCAAGUUAUGAAGCAUUAUACUGUCAUUGUGGUAAUACAUAUAUUCCUCCCCCUGUAAGGUGUGGAACACGUAGACCCCCUUGUUCUCUACCUUGUUCAAGAGAACAUGAAUGUGGUCAUCCAGCUACACACGUUUGUCAUGACGAAGAUCAAUGCCCCCCUUGUAUAGCUCUUACAGAAAAACUUUGUUAUGGUGGUCAUGAGUUACGUUUUGCUAUUCCUUGUCAUAUAAAGAAUGUGUCAUGUGGUAUGCCUUGUGGAAAUCUUUUACCAUGUAAACUACAUAAAUGUAUCAAACCCUGUCACCCAGCACCGUGUGAUAGUAAACCAUGUCAGUUACCAUGCAAUUUAUUAAAAACAGAAUGUGGUCAUCCAUGUUCAAAACCUUGCCACACUGGCCCAUGUCCAGUAAAGUCUUGUAGAAUAAUGGUAAAUGUUAGUUGUCCAUGUGGAAAUAUAACUGAAACUAGAUUAUGUUCUGAUCCUAAAGUAAAUGAAUAUCGUCUACAGCUUCAAACACAAUCUAUGAGCUUUUUGGAUAAUAUAGUGGUAUCAAAGUCAACUAUUAAAACUUUUAAAAUAUUGGAAUGCACUUCUGAAUGCACCAAAAUUGAGAGAAACCGACGCAUUGCUUUAGCAUUACAAAUUCGAAAUCCAGAUUUAUCACCUAAUGUUACACCUAGAUACUCAGAUUUCAUGAAAGACUUUGCAAAAAAAGAUGCAUCAUUUUGCAAUUAUAUUCAUGAAAAACUUGCUGAGCUUGUUACAAAUGCUAAACAAUCUAAACAAAAUUCACGUAGUCAUUCGUUUGAAGUAAUGAAAUAUGAGAAACGUAAGUUAGUACAUGAAUAUUGUGAACACUUUGGAUGUGAAUCAGUUGCUUAUGAUUCUGAACCUAAUAGGAAUGUGGUAGCUACAGCUCUUAGAGACAAGUCGUGGUUGCCAAAUUAUAGUGUUGUUGAAGUUUUACAACGAGAAGGUGGAUGUCCACGAGUCAAUCCAUUUUCUAGUAUUCAAAAGCGAAAUAUGGUGAUUCUAAAUAAAAAAUAACUCGUUAUUUUAAAAUGUUUUUUUAGAAAAUAAAUAUCAGAAUUUUUUUGUUGGCUUUGAUGACAGUGUAAAAAUUAUAAAUAAAUUUAAAAAAUAUAUACAAUUAUAACAAAGUAUAGAAAAUAUUAUAGGAUAUAUAUAUAUAUUAUUUCUAAGUUCAAAAGAUAAUAAACAAUUUUUUUUUUUUAAUUGUAACUAUACAAUAAUUUAGUAAACUUGUG